AUAGCGAGGUGACACCAGUGCGCAAGACCGGCCAGUUGUGGACGUUACAGGCCGGGAUUUCCCGUAGUUAACUACGGUGUGAGGCGGAGGAGGAGGCCGUGGAGCGGUAGACAUGGCGGAGAGUAUGAUAAUUCGCAUCCAGUCUCCGGAGGGGGUGAAGCGCAUCAGCGCAAGCAAUCGGGAAACGGCUGCAGCGUUUCUCAAGAAGGUAGCGAAAGAGUUUGGAUUCAGGAAUAAUGGCUUCUCUGUGUACCUGAACAGGAACAGGACAGGAGAGAUAUCCGCCAGCCAGAACAAGUCAUUAAAUCUACUCAAAAUCAAACAUGGAGACAUGCUGUUUCUCUUUCCAUCCAGCGCUGCUGGCCCAUCAUCAGAGGUUAUGGAUACGUCUGCAGUAGCUCAGUCUUCCAGGCCGGCAAGUACGCCCCUAGUAGUGGAAGACGACAUCGACCAGUAUCUAAACAAACAAGAGGGAAAGAUCUACAGGAACAGAGACCCCCAGCUGUGUCGCCAUGGUCCUCUGGGUAAAUGUGUGCACUGUGUCCCGCUGGAGCCUUUCGACGAGGAUUAUCUCAACCAUCUGGAGCCCCCAGUAAAACACAUGUCCUUCCAUGCCUAUAUCCGCAAGCUGACAGGAGGUGCAGACAAGGGAAAAUUUGUGGCCUUGGAGAAUAUAAGCUGCAAGAUUAAAUCGGGCUGCGAGGGUCACCCACCGUGGCCAGAAGGAAUCUGUACCAAAUGCCAGCCCAGCGCUAUUACACUCAACCGACAGAAAUACAGACAUGUGGACAACAUUAUGUUUGAAAAUCACACCAUUGCCGACCGCUUCCUCGACUUCUGGCGCAAGACUGGAAACCAGCGCAUAGGCUACUUGUACGGCCGUUACACUGAACACAAGGAUAUCCCACUAGGCAUUCGGGCUGAGGUAGCCGCCAUCUAUGAACCACCGCAGGUUGGGACACAGAACAGCCUGGAGCUGCUCGAUGAUCCAAAAGCCAAAGUGGUGGAUGAGAUUGCAGCCAAGCUUGGAUUAAGAAAGGUUGGCUGGAUAUUCACAGAUUUGGUUUCAGAAGAUACUAGAAAAGGUACUGUCCGGUACAGUAGGAACAAGGAUUCGUAUUUCCUAAGUGCAGAGGAAUGCUUCACUGCUGGCUUCUUCCAGAACCAGAACCCAAACCUCUGUCGACUGUCUCCAGAUGGACACUUUGGCUCCAAGUUUGUGACUGUGAUGGCUACAGGGGGCCCGGAUAACCAAGUGCACUUUGAGGGGUACCAGGUAUCCAAUCAGUGUAUGGCACUAGUACGGGACGAGUGCCUCUUGCCUUGUAGAGAUGCUCCAGAGCUGGGCUAUGCCAAAGAGUCAAGCAGUGAACAGUAUAUUCCUGACGUCUUUUAUAAGGAUAUUGACAAGUUUGGUAAUGAAAUCACACAAUUGGCGCGGCCUCUACCUGUAGAGUAUUUGAUCAUUGAUGUCACCACCACAUUCCCGAAGGAUCCAGUAUAUACAUUCUCCACCUCCUCCAACUUGUUUCCCAUUGAAAACAGAGAAUCUCUUGGGGAGACCCAGGAUUUCCACAGCUUGGCAACAUAUCUCUCCCAGAAUCCAUCAUCCAUCUUCCUUGAGAUCAUCUCAGAUUUCCAUCUACUCCUCUUCUUAGUCACCAAUGAAGUAAUGCCGCUACAGGACAGUAUUAGCUUGCUUUUGGAUGCCGUGAGAACCAGGAAUGAGGACCUUGCUCAGACUUGGAAGAAAUCAGAACAGUGGGCAACCAUCGAACAACUGUGCAGCACAGUCGGGGUACAGCCAUCAGAGCUUCAUGAUUAUGGGGCCAUCGGAGGAUCCACACACGCUGCCUCGUCAACAGCCAUGUGGUCCUGUCAACACUGCACCUUCAUGAACCAGGCUGGGACAGACCAUUGCGAGAUGUGCCGCCUGCCCCGGACCUAGCAUCGGAGCACCGACCGCGGGCACUUCUACCGGGAGCUGAUCUUAUGCAAGCCCCCUACCCUAUGAUGUUGCUUGUGUAAGGCUGCGUGAAGGAGACGUCUUUCAGUGUGUCCAUUCUCCAAGGGGUAGUAUGUAGAGGUGCAGAGCUUAAGAGCCCACCGGCCACGACCAAAGCCCAGCCCAUUAGUAUGGGAGAGGGGGGGUGGAUUGAUAAGAUGUCGUCUUGCUCCUUGCUUUGCCUACAGGACUGUCUGCUGCCAGUUCUACAGCUUGGGCUGGCACCGCUGAUCUUUCCUGCAUAUCUUCUUACACAUUCACCCCCUUGAUUGAAAGUGGAGCCUGGUUAAGGCGGUCACGUCUUGGCGAUGAUUCCUUUUGCCAUUGAAGAUGUAACUUAUAUGAAAAGCGGCUCUUGCACCAGCCUGGUUCUUUGCAUCUGUCGGCAUGGCAUCGCUUUACUCCUCCCUGGCAAUAUUUGAAUUAGCAUCAGGCAAAUACCAACUGUGGGUGGAGAAGCGAUUGGUUUUUAUCCACCAUUACCAUGUUGCGCAAGUAUUACUUUAAACGCUAACCAUCUUAGAUUAAAAGCAAACUUCCGGGUGGACUU